AUGGAGUCAAUCCCGUUAGCUCUUCAGCGUGUGAUUUGUUCCUUUGCAGCGGCGCCAGAGCUUAUUCCUCAUGAUAUGGAUUCAAUGGAUGAUUUUCAUUCCAUUGUAAACUUUGCCACCCAAUUCACCGAACCUUCUACUUACAAUAUGCAGCGUCUGGCGCAUGUUUGUCACGCGUGGCGUGAAAUUAUCGAGGAAUUUUGCAUGGAAUAUGAAACUUUUAGUGUUUUAACACUAACUUUCACAAUAGGAUUCAAACAAGAAGAAGAAAAGCAGAUAAUACAACAAUUAUUACGUGGUCACAAAGGUGAUAGAAUACUGGACUUGAGGAUUGUCAUCAGUGCAGAAAAAGAAUUCUUUUCGUGGAAUCACGAUGUCCAAAAUCAGACCCCAUCUGAGUUUUUACAAUGGAUCGAGUGGAAAAAGAUACUUGAAUCAUGUCCAAAUGUACGUCGGUUGGACUUGACGGGAGUACCACUUCAUCAUUUGACAAUGGGGGAUCUAUUGGAUGCAGCUUCGACACAUUGUAAACACUUGGAAGCAUUGAUUUUACCUGUAAAAGAUGUACGAUAUGCAGAUGCAAUAGCAGACAAUAUGGAUUUUGUGUUUUGGAAAUUGUUCUCGGCGUUGAAAAAGUGGAAAGAAGGUUCAGGAGGAAAAGGUCUGAGACAGCUGACAGUGCCUUCACGAAGUGAAUUUGACCGAGAAGGAACAUCCAAUGAAUUUUUAUCAAAAGUGUUGACGUUAUGUCCACAAUUGGAGUAUUUGGAUGGAUGGAAACGAUCGUAUCAUGAAGGAACGGAAUUCGUGGCGUCUGAUGAAAGUUUGUGUGUGUCACGAGAUGUUUGGAAGACUUUCUGCAAGUCAUGUGUUGCAUUGCGAGAGUUUAGCUGGGUUGUGGUACCGUUCUCUGAUGAGUUCUUUCUGCCGUUUGGACUAACGACAAAGCCAAAUCUCACACACUUACAGCUAACAUACAAUACACGAGCGCCGUUCCGUAUUCGCCGAAACGAAUACUCGACGGGUGGCUUGAACGUUCUUUUGUCGGGCUGCCCAGCAUUGAAACAUUUAGACAUUGUUCUUCAUCGACUGCAACCGUGUGAUGCUUUCAUCUACCCGCAAAUUGACGAGAUGAUUGACCCAGACGUGUUCAACGAUGAUUUCUUCUUGGCGUUGACGGAUAAUUGUCCGCAACUUCGUUUAUUACGCAUUCGAGAGCUGGGGUCCAUGUCAAACAGUCGCAAAAGCUGUACGGGGGCAGUCAACACGAUUACAGACCGAGGCCUGGCAGCAUUGUGGCGUGCUCCAAAUCUCACGUAUAUCGAUAUCCAUGACGUUAAAUGCUCUGCUAAUGCCAUCUUAGAUUUUCUACACGCUGAUAGGGGUUCUUACCAAGCCAUAGCAACUCGCCGUAUACGAUUUCGAGAGCUUGGUGCGUGUUUUGGAGAGGUGAUACAGCGCGUGCUCGAUGAUCUUGUAAGGGUUCCAACUCAAAAAGUAGGCAGGAGACUGACAAAAGCGCAACUCGUGAUCUCAGUUUCCAGUCGGCGGGGGUAUGUAUUCGAGCGAUCUUGGCUCGUCAAGAUGCAGCAGGCUUUUGAGACUCGGUUCGCGAAAGGAGAGCUUUGUUUUGCAGUCUUUAGCCUCAAGAAGAACAAAGACACUGUUCAUCGCUCUAGUAGCUGCCGAAGUGCUCAGCAACAAGUCAUUGCAAAGAUUCUAGCUCGAGCUUGGAUCAAAGACGACGUGUUGCGCGUGGGACGCCUCGUUUUCUAUACAGACAAAGCUGUGCUAGACAAGCGUUUACAAACCGUUUUGCGCAAAUCAGGCCGUAGAAGCUCAUGGAUCAUAACCGACUAA